UCUUCUCGGAACAGCCAGCCAGAGUGCGAGUUUCCAAACCAGUGUCUGCUGCUGCUCCUGCAGCUGGGUAGACGUCUAUUCUAAACGAAUCCUCAAACUGUUUUGUGAUACCACAGCGUAGAAGGCAGUGUUAUAAGACACGUUGAGUGCAGUCGUUCAUGGCAGUACCUGUUGAUUGGUGUUACCAUUGAUUUGUGGGAUCAGUUUUUGUGUAAAAGGGAAAACAUUUUACACAAAGCGAGAUGGAAUUAGUGAUGGAGGAAUGUUUAUUUGCGAUUAUGUAGUUACAUCUGUAUACUUCUCUCGCAUAUGCAUGAUACUCUCCGACGAACAUAUUACAGAUUUAUCCGAAUCAACGUUAUCUUCGCGACGAGGAAGGCAUGGCUUUCACACUGUAAAUACUGUGCUGCAAUACUGUAAGACGGAGUGUCCUGAUAUGUAGUGAGUUACGACUUGGAGUGAGAAGUGUCAACUGUGAUCUUGGUUAUUCGAGAUAACUGUGCUGAUAAACUCGAAGACGAAACGAACUCUGUAGUCGAGCUGAAGAAAUAUCAGUACCCUUGCUGCAACCUGUGACCGAUCUCACGGAAUGCCCGAAGUGCCAUGAGGCGGCCGCUGCUGGGGGAAGUCCCGGGGGUGUAAUGGACUGGGGAUUCCCCUCGAAUCUCCCCGAGUCCCGGCUGCCGCGUCUUUUCCUACUCAUCUUCAUCCUAAUCAUGGCAGUACGCUGCGAGGGAUGCAAAGUGGACAAAUGUUCACGAGAAUACGAAAGGCUGAUGGAUGAACGAGAUAUUCCUAGUCCAGAGCCUUCGACCGAGUUCUGCCAAGUGGCCAGAGACUACUUAUCUUGUCUGAGAGGAACGGCGCGGUCCUGCCGGGGUAACCUCAACUACCACUCCACCAUGAGUACUCUGGGGCGAUUAGGCAGCGAGUUCAACUGCCCCAGACUCCUUACGAACAUCACGUCGGCGGGACACGUCCCUUUACCGUCGUCCAGCUCAGCGCCUCCCCGGACGACAAACACACCCGCCCCAAAACGAGAGUGCACGUAUCAGGGCAGGCACCGAUUCAAGCACUGUGGCCUGUUCGGCGAUCCGCACCUAAAGACGUUCAAAAACGAGUAUCAGACGUGUCGAGUACGAGGCGCGUGGCCUCUGAUUGACAACCCGUACAUCGGGGUCCAAGUCACCAACGAGCCCGUCGUGGACGGAUCUCCUGCAACAGCCACGACGAAGGUGACAAUAAUCAUCCGCGGACGGAGUACGCCUUGCGCCGACGAGAAGACGUACGAAGCAGCCUCGGAUGCUUCUCUGCCUGCCACGUUCAUCGACGGCACCCAGCGGUCUGGGCCCGAUGCAAGUGUCGUGCUGACUGUGCAUGAACAGCAGCGAAUCGAAAUUUAUGUGCGAUAUAUCGAAACCACUCUGAUCGUGCGCCAAGCUGGCAGAUACCUGGCAUUCUCUGCGCGUAUGCCAGAGGAACUCGUGAACUUCAGCGGCGGUGCCGAUGGAGAUUUCAGUGACAGUAGUCUUCAGCUGUGUGUACGCGGGUGCCCUGCGUCAGAACGGCUAGACCCAAUCUCCGAAAGAGGUCACAAGCUUCCGUGGAAUAAGGCCAUGGAACGCUGUCGUAGGUCAGAUAGCAACGAAGUCACUAACAAUCUGACCGACCAUUAUCUCGACUGGUGUGUGUUUGAUGUCAUGACGACAGGAGAUGGUGCCAGUGCAAACGAUUUCGCGGCUGCAGCACACUCCGCCCAAGCCGAUGUCCUCAGACUUGAUCCCUCGUCCCUCAAGAAUAAAACCACGACUCACCGAGAACAGAAUCCAUAUUAUUCUCACGCGUCUCUCUUACGAAGCCCAAACGUAAUACUCGUGCUUCUUGGGACAGUAUUUCAGUGGACACGAGGUGUUCUAUAAUGGCGUUACUUUCACCAGGUGUUGCAAACUCUGAAAAUAUGGCACUAAAGGGCCUGGUGCAUCCUUAACGGUGGAGACAAGAUUCGAAGCAAGUUAAGGGAUUAAGGUACAAAAUAAACGCGACACACAAAGGGGUUAUUUAAACGUUAUAGGAAGAACAGAUGUGUCGCGUGGGUUCAAUGUCAAUUGCUUUUCAGAUCGUCUUAUUUAAAGAAAAACCGGGCCUAUUAAAAUUGUGCCCCUUUGAAAGCUUCAAGGUUGAGAUAUUUGCUUUCGAACGCUGGUCAUCUGCUCUCCGCUGCGAAAAUUUUCUCAUAAAAACAGGCCACUACAAACAAUCAGAUCAAGGAACGUAUUCGAAACAUUCCCUCGCCCAAUUGCAAUAUGAUCUUAAGGAGGACCCGCGUGUUUUGUCAGAUAUCAGAAAGGACGUUUCCUGAUUUGUUGGUGCAACAACUGUGAUCUCAGAAGAAGAACAAAGUGGACAGUCACCUUUGACGACUUGCGUUACGACUUUUUUCGUAAGGUCACUUUCUCAUUCUGCAGAUACUUAAACUCCGUAUUUUUACUUGUUCAAUCUCCGAGAAAACUUCCAGCUCAUCUACCUGCCAUUAACAUGGACGUACAUUUACAGACUGCAGGAAGUCCAGUUUAUCACGAGACCGUCAGCCUUGAAAUCUGAGGUUGGUAGGCUACCUGCUUCUUUCCCGAAAUCUAGCCAUAAAUAAUAAUGGACCUUUAUUGGACGAAGCAACAAAUUACAAAUUAAUUCUGACACUUUCUUUUGAUAAAUUGACUUAAAAAUGAAGAAUUGUUUAGGGUAUUUCAUCCAGUACGAUGCUGGAUACGUACAAUUAAUAAUUAUUUCGAGUUCUUGGCGAACGAUUGGUAAAGUGUCCAGAAACUUUCUUUAAAGGUGCGAGACCUCCACAAAAGUGAGGGUGGGGUGGCACUUGAAGACUUUUUUGAACUAAGGCAGUCCAUACUACAGUAAAAAAUGAAGCUUUUUCUCUACAAUGCAGGAAGUUUGCCGUAAUACCGUAGAGACACGGGCUCAUGAUAAACUAGACACUCCAUCACACCAAUUGCUCGCAAAUAUAAUUUAUUUUAAGAUGCUUUUCUUGAUGAAGAUUUGAGAUUUGAUCUUAUGGGUAGUCAGGCAAGCCUACAAGAACGGUUUUCUGAUUUUUCAAAAGCAUUCUCCAUAAAACGUAGUAUUUCUGGACACGUGAAAGUAUUUCGACGUGGCCCUUGCAGAUUGCGCACAGCCCAUUCAUUGUCUCUCUGUAUAUACGCUGUAAAUAUUCAUAUAUCAAAGAAGUAUUGCAUUGUAUUAACACAUACAUUAAUAUAAAUAUAUACACGUACAGUAUAUAUGCAUGCGUGAUUGUUACAGUUAUAUUAGUACGUAAUAGGAGACGGGUGAUCUUAAGAAUGGAGGAGACUCAGCGAAGCGCACUGGGACCUGGUACUUGCUUUUGAUCAAAAUUUUACGUAUGCUUCGGUUCGUGAAUGGGCGAGUCUCGUUACAUUAACAUACAAAAAGAAAGUCUUACUUCCAUUAUGUACUGUACGUAAUGAUUGUUACGGUGGGAUAAAAGAUAUUUUUAUAUCCAAAACCCUUCUUCAGAGAAGAUGUUAGAUUGAAAAUACAGUAUUUACCAUUUAAUCACAAAUUAAAGUGACUUCUAUGCAAAUAAAUUAGCCUACAACUAAAAAUGAAAAGGAGAUACAGGCCUCAGUGAGGGUCACAUUCUUGGAAACACUAGUGAACCCUAAAACCAAGAUGGGCGAAGUGAGGGUUUAAUGAGAAAAAUGGGUUUAAGGAAACGAAAGACACAUGAAAUAUGAAAAUUUUAAAUACAUUACGACCUAUAAUUGAUCUUCAUUGUAUGUAUGUUAUAUAAUUUAAACUUUUAAAAUUUUAAAAUUAAACUUAUAAAUUUUGAAAUGUGGAUACUUUGUAGCCAUCUUCCACACACUCUAAAUUGUGAAAAAAUUUAAAUUGCCGGCUCAUGUUUGAAAGAAUAAAAUUCACUUCAAAUCAUUUCUUUGUGAAACAGGUUCAUAAUACGGAACAAAAUAUUUUUAAUCAUCUGAUGCGGGUGUACAGAUAGUUCUCUGUGCAUUCAUAGAUGUCAGCACUGAAUGAAAGUGGCAGCUGACAUCAGCUGAUUUCAGUGAUAGACUUGGUGGCCUCCGUGCCAGGGGAUCAAUGAAGAAGCCUAUACACAGUGUUUUCAUUGUCUUAGCUACCAAAAUUAUACUUUAUGUAGUCAGUGGGGCCACAAGGUGAACUCCACAGCCUUGAAAAUUAUAUAAUUAAAGUUAGGAUGAAAGGUGUCUCCACUACAUGUCACGGAGGCACAAGAAUGAAGAUGGGGUGUAGCCCCUACUCGUUCUUUAUCUCGUCACUAGAUGGGGUGAGUGGUCAGUGUCACCCUGGUCGUACUUUGCCCCAGGGAAAGGACCAUCAGUACCAACUAGACGAGGAGGAAUAGUUCCCAGAGCUAGAAGAAAAAUUCUCUUCCCUGUCAGGGAUCAAACCCCAGAGUCCAGUCGAUAGACUUGGCUGCUCUCGUCUUCUGAUGAAAAGCAGUAGCAAGUGUUCUAAAACACGAAACAGGUCUUCAUUCUUAGUAAGAUACUGAGAAUUAUUAAUAGUUUUGUGGGAGACGAGAUACAAUGCUUCUUGACAACUAUUCUGUAGUUGAUUUGUGUUAACAGUGUGCUUAGUGAGCUGAGUCCCUAAACAAUGGAGGUGAAUUAGAGACUCUUACGAAACCCUAAAUUUGUUUACGAUACCAAGAAUCAUAUUCUACCAGUUUUUAGCCACAUGCCUUUAUUAUCCCAGUUUUUUUUGUACUGGAAAACCACUUUCAAGCAAUCGAAUAUUGUGAAUUCAUUCAAUCUUUAUUCACUAAAAUUUCUCAGUAUUCUAGACUCGUCCUUUCCUUAAUAAAAUGUCUUCCCGAAGUGCCUGAAAAGCGCGGGCAUCUCCUUUCCACCCAAAAAAUCCCCACUAUUCUGCGCACUUUCUCUGUUCUGGAUGAAAUAUUUUCUCCCGGUGUGACCUAAUGCUCUAUCAGCCAGACUUUGUCCAUCCUUGAGUUGGCAAUGACUGAGAUUCUCACGGUUUCUUCAAGUAAGUACUUUUCAGUACGCAGUGACUGCUACAUUAACUCCUUACGGCCAAAGAGGCAAAUGGUUAGGUUAGUUUCUCACACUUCUGCGGAACACAAAGGAGAGGUAAUUACAGUAGCAGACAAUUCUGGCAUCUUUCGGCCACAUUUUAAACCACCUGUUUGGAGCUUGUCAGCAGUUAACAUUCACAUUCUUCAACAGAAGAAGAAGAAAAGAACACUAAUGCCGAGCUGUAAGAUUCAGUUCUGUUCUGUUCCUUGUUUCCACACUCAAAAACUUUAGUACGGAUGGAUGAAUUAAUUUUUUAUCUUAGAAAUAAAAAUUAGAUUUGUUCACACAGUUUAAUGAAAGAGUUUUCACUCUAAAAUAAAGAGUAAUUCUUGAUAAAGCAUCAGACGUGCGUGAAAGUGGUAACGGCAUGUAUUUUCAUCCCCACCCCAAUAAAUAUUUCAGACAUUUGCUCCAUCUUCAUGGAAACUACGGUAUUUCAUAUGAAACGUGACUGAUUUACUUGAGUAAAAGUUAUAUUACAUUUUAAGAUGGCUGCUUGCUUUCUGGUACUUAUUUUCAUAAAGACAGAAUUAUUUAAAUAGCAAUUAGUUGUACUGUGCAAUACGUAAAGCCAUCGCUCAUGUCAAUAUAUUCGAGAUCCCGAAGUGUCGACUAGCUUUCCAGAUUUCUGUUGUUGAUAGUGGUGUGUUCUGUAAGUGUGAAAAAGUGAUUUUCUUGUAAAAAUAGUUGUACAUUUUAUUUAUAAAAUUGAAUAUUGUGAUGUGUAGGAAAUAAUAUGGUUGAUUAACCAAAUACAAAUAUAAUGACAUUAAGGACAUAAA